AUGGCGGACGGCGGCUCGGAGCGGGCUGAUGGGCGCAUCGUCAAGAUGGAGGUGGACUACAGCGCCACGGUGGAUCAGCGACUGCCCGAGUGCGAGAAGCUGGCCAAGGAAGGAAGACUUCAAGAAGUCAUUGAAACCCUUCUCUCUUUGGAAAAACAGACCCGAACUGCUUCUGAUAUGGUGUCCACAUCCCGUAUCUUGGUUGCAAUAGUGAAGAUGUGCUAUGAGGCUAAAGAAUGGGAUUUACUUAAUGAAAAUAUUAUGCUUUUGUCAAAAAGACGGAGUCAGUUAAAACAAGCUGUUGCAAAAAUGGUUCAACAGUGCUGUACUUACGUGGAAGAAAUCACAGACCUUCCCAUCAAACUUCGAUUAAUUGAUACUCUACGAAUGGUUACAGAAGGAAAGAUUUAUGUUGAAAUUGAGCGUGCUCGGCUGACAAAAACAUUGGCCACAAUAAAAGAGCAAAACGGUGAUGUCAAAGAGGCAGCCUCCAUUUUACAAGAGUUACAGGUGGAAACCUAUGGGUCAAUGGAAAAGAAAGAGCGAGUGGAGUUUAUUUUGGAGCAAAUGCGGCUCUGCCUAGCGGUGAAGGAUUACAUUCGUACACAAAUCAUCAGCAAAAAAAUUAACACCAAAUUUUUCCAGGAAGAAAAUACAGAGAAAUUAAAGUUGAAAUACUAUAACUUAAUGAUUCAACUGGAUCAACAUGAAGGAUCUUAUUUGUCUAUUUGUAAGCACUACAGAGCAAUCUAUGAUACACCCUGUAUACAGGCAGAAAGUGAAAAGUGGCAACAGGCCCUGAAAAGUGUUGUCCUUUAUGUUAUCUUGGCUCCUUUUGACAAUGAACAGUCAGACUUGGUUCACCGAAUAAGCGGUGACAAGAAGUUAGAAGAAAUCCCUAAAUACAAGGAUCUUUUAAAGCUUUUUACCACAAUGGAGUUGAUGCGCUGGUCCACACUUGUUGAAGACUAUGGAAUGGAAUUAAGAAAAGGUUCUUUGGAGAGUCCUGCAACUGACGUUUUUGGUUAUACAGAGGAAGGUGAAAAAAGGUGGAAAGACUUGAAAAACAGAGUUGUUGAACAUAAUAUUAGAAUAAUGGCCAAGUAUUACACAAGGAUAACAAUGAAGAGGAUGGCGCAGCUUCUGGAUCUGUCUGUUGAUGAGUCAGAGGCUUUUCUCUCAAAUCUAGUAGUCAACAAGACCAUCUUUGCUAAAGUAGACAGGUUGGCAGGAAUUAUCAACUUCCAGAGACCCAAGGAUCCAAAUAAUUUAUUAAAUGACUGGUCUCAGAAAUUGAACUCAUUGAUGUCUCUAGUUAACAAAACCACACACCUCAUAGCCAAAGAGGAGAUGAUACAUAAUCUACAAUAA